AUGCACACGCACGCCGGCCAGCCGCCAGCAGGGCCGUCUGGCCGCGGCUCCAGAUGUGGGGCCACCGCGCAGGCCGCCCGCCCCGCCGCGCAGACUAAACAAUCAGCCUUGGCCGUGAGCGCAGCGCAAUUCCAGAUGCCGCGUCCCUCGCGCCGCGCGCUAAUUGGGCCGCGGGCGCGAGGCUCUGUCAGCGCCGGCCAGGCCCUGCCGGGGGCGGCCUUGGCCCCGGGCCGGUCCGCUUAA